GAAAUGCUGCACUCUGACACCACACUGGAGUAUAUGGUGCUUUCACCCACCCUGAGAUUGUAACGCCAGCAGAAGGCAGACCAUGGACAGUGGUAAACAGGUGAAGGUAACAGCUGUUUUGAGUCUUCCCUUCAUUUUCCAGUUGUGCACAGGCAACAAUGUCACUGACUACUAUGACGCCAACAUGACUGUCGAUUACAACAUGUUUGAGACGCUCUGUGAGAAGGCUGAGGUCCGGAGCUUCCGCGCCGCAUUCCUCCCAGCUAUGUACUCACUCAUCUGCUUCGUUGGGCUCCUGGGGAACGGGCUGGUGAUGCUGACCUACAUUUACUUCAAGAGGCUCAAGACAAUGACCGACAUCUACCUGCUGAACCUGGCCUUAGCGGACAUCCUCUUCCUGCUGACGCUCCCCUUCUGGGCCACGAGCGCAGCCAAGUACUGGCUUUUUGGGGAGUUUGCCUGCAAAGCCGUCUACUGCAUCUGCAAGAUGAGCUUCUUCAGCGGGAUGCUGCUGCUCCUGGCCAUCAGCAUUGACAGGUACUUCUCCAUCGUCCAGGCCGCCUCCGCCCACCGUCUCCGCUCCCGCAUGAUCUUCAUCAGCAAGAUCACGUGCUUCUCCAUCUGGAUCCUGGCCUUUGUCCUCUCCAUCCCAGAACUGGUCCACAGUGGAGUGAACGCAUCCGAGACCCCCCGCUGCUCCAUCAUCGCCACCACCGACUUGCACAAGUUCGACACUGGCAUCAAAGUGUCCCAGAUGGUCUUUGGCUUCCUAGUCCCCCUGUUGGUCAUGUCCUUCUGCUACUUUGUCAUCGUCAAGACCUUGCUCCAGGCCCGUAACUUUGAGAAGAACAAGGCCAUCAAGGUCAUCAUCGCUGUGGUGAUAGUCUUCGUCGUCUUCCAGCUGCCUUACAAUGGCGUCAUGUUGGCCAAGACCAUCUCAGCUUUCAACAAUACUGACAGCCUGUGCGAGAAGAGUAAGCAGCUUGACGUGGCAGACGACGUGACCUACACUCUGGCCUGCUUCCGCUGCUGCCUCAACCCCUUCCUCUAUGCCUUCAUUGGCGUCAAGUUCCGCAACGACCUCUUCAAGCUUCUCAAGGAGCUGGGUUGCCUGAGCCAGGAGCGCCUCUGGCAUCUGUCGAGCUGCCGGGAGAACAGGCGGUUCUCCUUUGCUAUGGAGACCGAGACAACCACCACUUUCUCACCGUGA